AUGUUCCGCCAUCAAGUUGCGAACCUUGUCGUAAUUUCAAUCAUCUCCCAGAUCGUACCCGUUGCCGACGCCGAAUGUGGCCAUCGAAAGACCCUAGCCAAAGAGUUGGUUCACUACGGGAAGAACUCCCGCCUCGGCGAGUGGCCAUGGCACGUGGCCCUGUUUCACAGCGUGAACCAGGCCGAACCCAACUACGCCUGCGGGGGUACGAUCAUCUCGCGCAGGUUUGUACUAACUGCGGCGCACUGUACCUAUCCCGAGUACAAGACUCGACCGCUGCGGGCCAAGGAGAUGCUGGUACGGGCGGGGAUUGCGAAUCUGUACAGCUUGGAGCACUCGCUGCAGGAGGUUGGAGUUGAGGAGAUUGUGAGGCAUGCGGAGUUCAACACAAGAACGUUGGAGGAUGAUAUCGCGCUGCUGAAGGUGGAGGUGGAUUUUGAGGUUACGGAUUACGUGAAACCGCUUUGUUUGUGGAGUGGAAGUAGCGUUGAGGAGCUGAUCAUCGGGAAGAAGGGAAGCUCUGCUGGUUGGGGCGAGGAUGAGGAGCAUAAGCUGACUGGCGCGUUGAAGCACGUUCCGAUGUUGAUCGUGUCGAGACGUCGCUGUCGGGAUAGUGAUCCGGACUAUUACACGAGAUUCCUGUACGAUCGGAAGAUGUUUUGCGCUGGGUUCCGGAAUGGAUCUACACCGGCUUCCGGAGACAGCGGAGGAGGACUGUACAUCGAGGGGAAGGACGGCAAAUGGGGAUUGCGAGGGAUUCUGAGCAACGGGAAGAUUGAGGCCGAGACUCGGUUGGUGGAUCCGAAGAGCUUCGUUGUGUUUGUUGAUGUGGCGUAUUAUCUACCAUGGAUAAGGAAGAGCACCAACAUCAGUGCGGAUGGAGAGGACACGAUGCUGUUCAACCAGGACUUCUCCACGUGUGGUUUGCUUCCGGAGGUCAGACAACAACGGCCGUGGCCUUGGCAGGGGGAAGUGUAUCGGAACGCUAGUGGAAUACAUCGGUUGUGUGACGUAGCGAUCAUCAGCGAGCUGUUCUUGGUAUCACCAUCAAAGGUAUACCGGAAUGCAGAGAUUCGGAAUCCCUCCAAGUUGAUACUUGACCCCACAAUACUGACCUUCAAGAUUCUGGAGAAGGGAAGGUAUCGCUUGUUGCACCACCAACGAAUAGGUCGGAUCAUACGACACGAGAAAUUCGAUGCAGCUAGUGGCAGGAACAACAUAGCUUUGCUGGAGCUGAUCUCUCCCUUGAAGUUCACAGAGAUGUUGCGUCCGAUAUGUCUGUGGAGAGGUGAUCCGAAGGAUCUUAGUGUAAACAUUACCAAUCUUGGAAGAUCAGUAGAUAAACUUCAGAUAAACUGCACCCUCGGAAUCAACUACAUCUGCAUUGAUACAAACUCUCCACCAACUUUCAACAGUACAUUCUUCGUUGAAAACGAAGAAACGUGGUACCUGCGAGGACUCACAACCACCAUAUCUCAACAAGAUCAACCUAAUAGCAUUCUACUGCUGGACGUCGCGCGCUACACAGGGUGGAUCGAAAACAACACCGUUUUCCGCACGAAAAACCUGCUCGGCAACGCGCACUGCGCCCGGCGGUUCAUCAACGACUUCACGUUCAUCUCCAGCGGUGCAGGGAAGGCGAAAUGCUUCGCGGCGCACAUUAAACCGUCACUUUUGCUGGCGACCGCUUCCUGCUUGGAGAACUCUUCCGGGGCUGAUUUGUUCGGAACGAGUGGUGGUCAAACUGCUCAAGUCAAACAGAUCUUCGUGCAUCCCUCGUAUGAAACUUCGAGAAGAUCGAACAACGUUGCGAUUGUUCAAUUGCAAGAUUCGCUGAAAAGUGUUCCGUUCUGCAUCCACCUGGACACCUCUCGAAAUGGUUCCAGAUCGCGAGUUCUUCUUCCAACACAAGGUCCAAAAAAGUACUUUUACGAUUUCAUUGACUCCGAAAGUAGCGAAUCCUGCGAAGAUCGAUUGAACUUCUCAGGAAUUCCGCUAGACAUCACUUCAGGGGGUCACAUCUGUGGUGACUUCAAGGGGGUUGCCAACGGCGCUGGAGAUGAAUUCUGCACGGAGAGCUUUCAGGGUAGUCCUCUGUUCCACGAUUACGGGGACGGCCAAGGGGUGUAUCUGAGGGGGUUGCUGGAAGCCGGCAAACGAGACCACUGCGAGCAGCCGGAACUGCCGGAAGUGUUUGUUGACGUGAUGGUCUACGCCGACUGGAUCCGCGAGAUUGUGCUGCGGAUUGUUGCCGGGGGCUAAGCUUCAAAUUCUCUGUCGGAUCGCUUGGUUAAAGCACUGUCGAAAGUUUACCAUCUGUUAUAUUUUCAGAAUGAAUAUAGUAUUAUUCCACUCGAUGAAACUUCCAAAA